AUGGAAUUACUCCCAGCCAAACGCAAAAGGACCAACUCGCCCAGUCCACCCGCGUCCAGUCCUUUGAGGAAAGCUCCGCGACGGGCGUCUUUUGCGUCCCCUACCAAAGCCAGUCUUGCCCGUAACUAUCCGAACCUUCUCUCUGCAUCUCCGAAGCGCAACCCAAACCGACCUGUAGCAGCUAGAAAUGGCUCCAGAGGAAGGGAAGAGACCGAAGUGGAACUACCCAGUGAGAGCGACCUGCCAGAACUCCCAGGGACACCAUCACAGAACAACCGUGCAACUUCAAAGCAACCGCGACGAACAAUACUAUUCUCUUCACCAAGCAAACGACCCCCGCGCGUCAGAGAUCCCGUCAAGCAAGCCCCACUGAGUUCGAGAGCGCCAGCAGUACAAUCAGACGAUUUCGCAGGGACGGUAGACGAUGGUCCAGUGGAGGACAUGACCGAGGAGAUAACUCAAGAAGUGGUACAGAAGAGGCAGCCUCCAGAUCCAGAAAUUGAGAGAAGGAAACAGGAAAAGGCGCGUCUACAGCGUGAAGUGCAAAAGCUGGAGUCUCAGGUGUCAAGAUGCAUCGAAGAAGUCGUUAAGGAGCAGCGCCGCGGUCCGGAAGAUUAUCUGCGGUCUUCAGAGCGCGACAGUCUGGAGAAGUUCAUAUCCGACAUCAGCGGCACCAAUACAGAGCCAGAGAAGCCAGCACCUGUAUCGAGUCUGCUCUGUUCAUUCCUACCAUUCGCCGCCCUCUCCGUUCCUCCACAACGGCCGAAACAAGAGGAAAAGCCCGUCCCAUCGCAUCGCCCGGUCGAACUCGUGGAUCCUUUGCCAUACCUUCAGAUGUUCACAUCACUCAACUUCUCCACACAACUCAGCCUGCCCCGCGACAAGAUAUUCCCAACCUCACGGCGGGUCCUUCAGAAACAUACCAUCGACAUUGCGGGCCCACAGAAGCUGUUGAUAGCCCAAGUCUCGAUCACCAUCGACGCGUUGGCGAAUGAGAUAAUCGAAAUGCAACUUCUACGACUCUCACCGUGGGCUGAGCGUGAAUUGGGCACCUUUGUUCGCGCGAAAGCGCGGGAAAGAGAUAUUGGCAAUGCUUCCUGGGCUAUGGAUACGUACUGGGAGAUUGCAAAGAAGCGAGCACAACACUGGCACAAGUGCGAGACUGCGUUCCCGCAUCUACUUGUAGGCCGGACCUCAGCCGACACGGAGAACACACAACGACUGCAACUAGGCAAACCCGCGACGACUGUCACACGCAAAGACCUGAGCAGGAACUUGGGACGUGAUACCCUGAUCUUGCAAGACAAACACGUCCUCCUGAAGCUCAACUGGCAAAUCAGCUUCGAUUGGACAGGCGAAGCGGAGUCGGACGUCAGCGCCGAGGCUGCGCUCCCUCGGGUAUGGUCAGAGACAGACGACGGCGGCUCAGCGUUGAACAAGAUACCCGGGACAUUCGCUUCUCUAGUGCACAGUAAGGGCAUUUUCCAGGCCACUAAGGUCAUG